UUCACGGCUAAAAUCAGAGCCAUCUGAUCGCGUAGAGGUUCAUGUUUGUGACGAUGUUUCUCAGUGUAUCGAUGUAAUGUUCAUCUGCGUCGAGUGGGGAUCCUCCAAGGGAGGUCUGCCCACUUUCAACAGGGAGUUUGCUGUGAAUCUGGCUAAAGAAUCAAGUGAGCAGAUUAAGGUUCACUGCUACGUCUGCAAAAGUAGCGAGGAAGACAGAGCCGAUGCCAGAAAACAAGGAGUGAAUUUGAUCACUGCACGACCUCUUCCAGGAUGUAAUGAUCCGAUGGAGUGGUUGAGAAUACCACCGCCGGAGCUUCCAACUCCGGAUGUUGUGGUGGGCCACGGUAGGAAGUUUGGCAACACUGCCCUUUUUAUUUCGCUUACGACACAAUGUAAGUGGAUACAUUUCGUACAUGUAUUCUGUGAAGAACUGGGAAAGCACAAAUUAGAAGUCGACUCCUCAUUUGAUGCAAUUGCAGACAACGAAGAGAAGAACAAGCGAGAAUUAGAGCUUUGCGAAGCAGCUAAUCUGGUUGUUGCUGUGGGCUCUCGACUACAAAGGAAAUACAGAAAAUGUCUUCCUGAUAUCAAAGUAGAAGUCAUCACUCCUGGAAUUUUCGAAAACUUCUUAACUCCGGCAACACCAUUGGCCAACGAUCAAUCGGCGGGGGCUGAAGAAUUCAGUAUAUUCAUGAUUGGUCGCGGAAGUUUUGAGGACUUUGCCGUCAAAGGAUAUGAUAUUAUUGGAAAGGCAGUGGCUUUUCUUGACAGGAAGUUUAAACUGACCUUUGUUGGUUCACCAAAGGAUGAACAGAGGAAAAUAGAAAAUUGGUUUCGAAAGGAAACAAACAUAGCGCGCAACCAGUUGACCAUCCGUGGCUAUCGCAAUCGUGAAGAAAUGAAGAAGAUGUUUCGUGAAGCUGACUUGAUCGUUAUGCCUUCACGUAGUGAAGGGUUUGGUCUGGUUGCCCUGGAAGCAAUUUCAGCUGGAGUGCCAGUUCUUGUUUCCAGUGAAUCUGGGUUGGCUGAAACUCUAAAGAAAGUGGAUGGUGGGAUAACCGUGGUAGUCGAUUCAGAUGAGCCAGGAGACUGGGCAAGAAAAAUCCAAGAGUUAUUCGAGCAGACGCCAGAAGGAAGACAUGCUAGUGCCAUGCAUCUCAGAGAAAACUACGGAGAGAUUUAUACCUGGGCGAAGGAGUGCAAGAGAUUUGAACAGAUGAUCCAUGGAUUGAUUCAGAGGCCUUGUAGAGCUCUUCCUUCAAGUUGUGUAUUGACAGACCAAACGGGAAAUAUUGUCACUGUGAAGGUGGAAGCAGUUACCUCUGCACAAGAUAAAGGAUUGGUGCAGACAAACAGGGGAAGAAAUCCAUUAUCAGGUCAGUGCAGUUAAGGUUUCAAUGAGUGCCUGGGGCUGGCAAGCCGGCUAGUUGAGAUGAUUUUGCCUCCUACUUUGACUGGGAACUUAAGUCUGGUUCUCACAUCCCGCCAACCUACCUGCGACGUAGUCACCGGUUGCAACUGAUUUUGUUCGGCGAUCUGUUCCAGUGAGUCCCCAGUGCAUCUGUGAUGCAUCGCUGAUGUUCUGAAAUUUGCGUGAAAUGCAAAUUGAAUUGAUGCAAUUUUCAACCGCUCCAUCUGUAAAUAAAGAAUUGCAGAAAAAAUCGACUUGUUACAUUAUACAUUGCGUCCGCAGAUGAUGCUCAUAUAAAAUAUUUUCAUCGCCGACAAUUGCCAACAACUGCAGGUAAGCCAGCAGUCAAUGCCUCAGGGACAGAUUAUGAUUCGCUGAUAAAUGUUUACAUAUGCCGUAAUGUUCCAGGUAUGUCGGCGGCCUAUGAGAACCAGGCUUUACCUCAAAUUUUGAGAAUAGCAUGAGAAACAUUUUGCUGCAGAACAUAAGCCUUGGGUCGGCCAAGAUUUAUUCAUGAAAAAAAGGGGCUACCCUAUGCGUACAUGAAUCAAAUUUGACAGCACAUCCACAUUUUCCACAAUGAAGCAUGAUGAGGCAGAGGCAAGUUAGGCUAUAUUGCUGUCUUUUAUUGCCACUGCUGGAAAUGAUAUUGAUUUUGAAUUUUUUUUUUUUUGAAAUUAACUACAUGCAAUAAUAAAAUUACAAUUGAUUCAUUUUAUUACAGUGCAGUUAAAUAGAAUUGUAGGCCAAACAUGAUGCUGCAAUGUAACAAAUAGUUAAGGAAUGAAAAGCAUCUAUGUUGCAUCUUAUAUGUGAACUUCCAAAGAGACUUAUCUUGCAAUCAGAAAGUUUUCAAUACACUCUUGUUAAUAGACCCUUUUUUUUAUAAGUGGUUGCCAAUUCAAAAAUUAUUCUAACUUUUGUAUGCAUUUAGAUUAGCAUCACUCAAUUAAACUUGUUCGAGAGUAAAAAUUUUUAACCUACAGUACAAAUGAAUUUUUAAUCAGCAGCCAUUUAUGACAACAGUCUUUAAAGUGUAUAAUGACCUCCAACAAAAUCACUUUUGUGUGCUAGAAAUGCAGCAGAAUGCACCUCAAUGCACACAGAUUUUCAAAAUUUGCAAGGCCCUGUAAGCACCCCAUCUCUCUCAAGCAGGAGUGGGUAACCCACUUCGGGACUUUUUCCCCACAUGGCCGCCUUUAUUGUGACCAGAUGUGCUCCACGUACCUCAGGAUUUCCUCCUGCUACUUUGGUUCAACUUGAAAAUCUGGAAGAUGAGAGAUAAAUCCAAAUGCAGUGGCUUAAUAUAGCACUUCCCAUGGU